AACUUCAGCAGUAAUCAAGUAACACGAAAAUUUUUGAUUUGGCCCAUGUACAGAUACAAAAAUGGUGAAAACAGUAUUACUACCACAAAAUAUUAGUAUAUUUGAGAUAUCAAAUCAUGACCGAGGCAUAUGAAGAUGAUUUCUUAGUUAGAGUUCGUGCACAAGUAAUGGCCAGAGAUGAAAGUACUGAAGGUUGGUUACCACUGCAAGGCGGUGGCCUGGCGAAUGUUUCCAUACGCAAGCGCGCACGGCUGCCACCGGAUGGUGGCGGUCAUGAGUACAUUAUCUAUGGACAAAGAAUAUCUGACCAAACAAUUAUCCUAAGUUGUGUUAUUAACAGAGAUUUGCAGUACUUUAAAGUUAUGCCCACGUUUCACCAUUGGCGCGCCGGUAAGCAGCGAAAUGGUCUUACCUUUCAGACGGCGGCCGAUGCGAGAGCUUUCGACAAAGGAAUCAUCCGUGCCUAUGAUGAUCUUAUUGAUGGCAUGGAUGGUUACACAACCCACAACAAAUACAACGAUGCCGAUAAAGUUGGCGAAGACGAUGUGUUCAUGACGUUGGAUCUACCUGUGGAACCCUCUGAAUCGCGGUCGAAUUCCGAAGGCAGCGGAAGCCAUCAAAGCGUCGAUAAACAAUCACAGCAGCAGCAAUCCAGUAUUCAAUACAUAUCGGGCGAUAAACCAUCACCUCUGAUAAAGCCUGGAGAUGAUAAAGUUACUCCAAUAGUACCUGGUGACAACUAUUCGUAUGUUCAGAUAACCGAUUCGUGCGACAUCAAGUUGAAAUAUAACUUUUAUAACUUGAAGGUGCAUGAAUUCAGCUAUCCGGUCGUCGAGGAACCAGUUGGAUCGAUCCUCAGCGGACGACGUGACUCAACAGCUAGUUUGAAAAAACGAAAUGCCCUCGAUGUACCAGCCAUGAAAGAGGCUACGCUCAUCAAAACCCGAUUGCGCUGCAGAUAUUGUCAGGAGUUUUACAACGAUGAAUGGAAUCACAAAGGCUCGUGUGAUUAUGCUCCAGACUGUUUCAAGACCGCUAUUGAAAACAUGUCCGGUAUGCUGUGUGCCCGGUGCAUGCUGUAUCACUGUAUGAAGGAUUCCGAGGGGGAAACGGCUUCCCAUCCGUGUUCGUGUACGGCGGAAUCUGGCUGCACCAAACGUUGGAUCGGGUUAGCUCUGCUGUCGUUACUAGUGCCCUGUCUGUGGUGUUAUCCGCCUCUACGCGCCUGUCACUGGAUCGGCGUUUCGUGUCGGUUGUGUGGCGGCAAGCAUAAACCGCAAAUUUGACAUCCGAUCAAGAUCAUCAACCUGACAAGUAUUAAUCGGCUUGACUGAUAAUCGUUGAGCAAAUCUCAAUGCUCCUACUGAAUAGCAACUAGCAUGGACGAAAAAAUAUAGUGCUGAUUGUGCAUGAAAUACAAUAAUAAGAGUUCAUCAUAAACCCACAAGUAACUCAAAAACCUACCAAAGUGAUAAGGAAACAAAACAGAAGUAAAGUUGAACGUUUAAAUUUAGCUGCAACCCAAAAAUGAAUAAGCGAUGUUCUGUACAACUGAACGAUAAAAAAAUCAAGAAAAAAACAUAAUAUUGCUAUAUGUAGGAGAAGUGAAUACAGUAAAACAUUCGUUGAUGUCUAAAACUAGCUGAUAUUGAUUACGUAGAACAAGAAGCUACAUCAAAGUAACGGAAUCAAAAGCCAAGUACGGGAAAACAACGGAAAUUGGGGCGAAACAAACCGUGCAAAUAAACAAUUGUUAGUAACACAACAGAAUAAAAAAAACCGAAAUCGGUAAAUCCAUAGUCACAAGUAAGUAAAUUAAAACAUGGUAUAUAAUAAAACAGGAAAAUAGAAAAACCAACGUAAACAAAACAUCAAAAGCAGAAAUUUCGUAAUUAACUGUCGAAUGGACUCAAUAUUAAUGGAAAAAAUCAUAAAAUUUAUGAUUGAGAACAAAACACUAAUAUGAUAGGUGUUCAAUGAAAUUGAAUAAAUACGUUAUGUUUUGUUGACGCUACAUAUAAACGAAAAUGUUAUGAAGACACGCAUUUGUUCUGUUUUUUUACUGGCCUUUGAGGCAGUACUACUUAGUUCAAUUGCACAGAUUUUUGACGAUAAUUGGAACCGUUACUCUAUGAAAUAAGAUGAAUGCUUUUUAUUUUACUUAUACGCGAUGUAGUACAAGAAAAUCAUCAAUCGUUCAACUCUAUAGUACUGUUUUGUAAUAUUUCGAAUGGAAAUAAGCUGAAUCAUAAAUUUAACUUUUAUAAAUAUGUUAAAUAUUUGCUAUUUUUCAUCAUCUUCAUUAGGUGAGUGAAAUAGGUAAAGGAUAAAGAAAAUGUAUAUGCAACAGAAAGGCAUAUAAUAGAUAUGAAUGAUGUAGAUUAUAACGACAUUGGGAGUAAAUAAACCAGACCGAUUAAUUGUGACGAAACAUACUGUAAGAAUCAAAAACAUAUAAACGUAAUCAUUACAUUAAACGAGUAAAGCCAAACUUGAUCUUUCCUUUUCGUCUUUUGCUAAGGAAAGUGAGCUGUGCUCAAGCAAAACAAAAAAAAGCAAGAUGAUCCAAGCCAAAUCAAUUGCGAUUGUGGAACCUUCGACAAGACUAUGCUUUCCAAGGAACUGUUAAUAUUUGGUUUUGAAAUAUUUUCCUUACCGCUUUGCAGCUGGUAACAGUAGCUAAAACGGAUUUGUGCCAUAUGAAUUCAUACUCUUGGCCAAAGGUUCGAACUUAACACUAGACGCAAUAAUGGUGCGGUAUCAUCUUGAACAUCCAACAGAGAAAUAAGUACCGUGCUUAAAAAUUAUCUCAUUUGCCAUUUGGUCAAAGCAACUUUGACCGGUUCAUCGGAUUCAAAGGGGCACGCAAACUCUAAAAGGUCGGCGUGGCUGUCGCUAUGGGCUCUGCGAUUACCAAGCUUGACCUUUUGAAUAUCAAACGCGAUUGAAACCAGUGGUGGUUAAGGUUUAACCUAUAGAACUAUAUAUUCUGUAUCAAGCGUCUAUGUUUUAGCAUAAUGUAUAGUCUAAUUAAGACUUAUUAAUCAUAAUCUUGAAUAAAUAAAAGUAUAUACUAAAUGUAAUACAACACAAAACAUACGAAAAAACAUCUAAAGAUGAAAAUACACCUACUACCACCAGGGAAUAUUUAUGUGUAUAUUUCAAUGAACACACAACUUGACACAAAUUAACAUUCAUCACACCGAAACUUUUUGAUUUGAUUACGUCGAAGUAGAUCUCAUUUGAAGCGAUCCCAUUAUCUCAGUAUACUGAUCAUAAUGAUAAUAAAACUCAUUUUACAUACAUAAAAUCUCCAAAAGUAAAAAACAAUAUUAAUAUUUUUCCCACAAACAGUUUGGCAUAAGUUCAAUGUUACUAAGAAGUGAAGGUUGAAUUUGUUUUUUUCCUGAGUUUCUCAUCGGAACUUAUGGAAUAGAAAAAAACUGAACAUGACAAGCCAAUAUAAUCCCUUACCUGGCAUAUUAGAAAUGCCAAAACAUGAGGCAACUUUUCAUGAAAGUAUAAACUAAUAAGAAGAAAAGAGUGAAAUACUUUGAUCAAGUAACCUAGGCAGCGUAAACCGUUUACGUUAGGAUUUACUUCAGAGAUUGUUUAAAAAGGUCACUCAAAACUUAAGGUUAAAUAAACAGUGUCGGACGUAUGCUGGUUUCGCUAAUUUUGAUUUCAAACAAUUAUUUUUACUGUGGAGCUAUGUACUAAACAAAAUAGUAUGAUUUCGAAGAAUUAAAAAAAAAUCUUGAUAAACAGAGGUGAAUGAGCAGUGGGUAAAUUAAUCAUUUUUAUAUGUUUUAAUAUAUACAUAUAUACAUAUAUAUUUAAAAAUAUUAAUAAUUAUAAUGAAGAUGAAUAUUAGUAAAAU